AUGGUUGUGGUCGUUGCUUUCCACUUUGUCCAUAUGGCAAAAUCAGAGAAAAUACAUAUGUUAGAACAAAUGGUUUGGUUGAUUGAUUUCAAAGGCUGGACUGCAGCUAGUAUAUUUGUGAAGGUAACACAUGAAACAACUAAAGUUUUACAGAAUCAUUAUCCAGAAAGGCUAGGCGUGGCCAUUCUAUACAAUCCACCAAAGAUCUUCGAGUCAUUUUGGACAGUGCUAAACCCAUUUUUGGAACCAAAGACAUACCGGAAAGUAAAAUUUGUAUAUUCAAAAGACUCAGAAAGUAUGAAGAUUAUGGAAGAAUUAUUUGAUAUGGACAAAGCAGAAACUGCAUUGGGUGGGAAAUGCCUUGUAGAAUUUAGUAAAGAUGAGUAUAGAAAACGCAUGGGAGAAGACAAUGCCAAAGACUUCUCUGCAGCGUGGCUGAUAGAAUGUACUAAAAUUCUGGUUAAUGGCCCUGUCGUGGUAAUUACAUUGUUCAAAGAAGCAAAAGCCGGUAGCACUGAUGUUAAAACCACAGCUUCUGCAUUCAAUUUGGAGAGAGAGAAUCCUUUCCUGUCAAAAUCUAUUCAACUGAAUUCAUCGCCUUCUGUGAGCUUGUCCCUUUUUCCAUCAUUAAGUGAUCCGGUUGUUUCAAGUGGUUCCGCAUCUCCAGCAUCUGAAGUUAUAGCACCUAGAUCUUGGCUGCAAGAUGCUACAAGACAAAAAGAGAUCAUCAAUGGUAUUUCUAGAGGAUCAGUGAAUGAGAACAAGCAUAAUUUACCUUGGACUUCAUCAGAUAAGCCAGUUGAGACGGUAUCUUUUGAUCCAAUUUUACCUUCUACCAAACAAGGAGCAGAUAACCGUAUCAUGCAACAGCUGCCUGCAUUUUUCCAAAACGUAAAAGAUCUUGAAGAAGGUCGGCAGUCCUGGUUAAUGCACAAAAAGGAGGCUAGUUGGAGACUCAAUCGACUCGAACAACAGCUUGAAUGA